GUAAGCCAGCGGGCUUGUGCAAUUUGCGAGUACCUAGCAUAGUUUGGAAGGACGACCGCCUUGCGCCACCAGCGGCUGAUUUCACUAGAAUUGACCGGUUGACUCUCGCUGUGGCUUUUGCUACCACCUACUGUCGUCCAAGCCUUUCCUUUUUGUACUGUUGCUCUGAAAAGUUCGUAGAGCUCGAUAAGCGAUAGGCGAAACCUCGAAGCCGAUUGAGAUCGUCGCGCGGCACCACCAGUUUUCGCGCUGGCGUCUUGAUACGGAGGAACUGCAAUCAUGGCGGCUGCAGACGUGAAGGUCAAUGCGGAGGUCCGCGACCUGACGCGCAUUGAGCGUAUCGGCGCUCACUCCCAUAUUCGUGGACUCGGUCUUGAUGAUGCCCUUGAGGCGCGUGCCGUGUCUCAGGGCAUGGUGGGCCAGGCGAAGGCUCGGAAGGCCGCGGGCAUCAUCCUGCAAAUGAUCAAGGAGGGCAAGAUUGCCGGUCGUGCCAUGUUGCUGGCGGGGCAACCCGGCACGGGCAAGACAGCCAUCGCCAUGGGCAUGGCCAAGGCGCUGGGGGAGGAGACUCCCUUCGCCAUGAUGACUGGCUCGGAAAUUUUCUCGCUGGAGAUGUCGAAAACGGAGGCGCUGACGCAGGCCUUCCGUAAGGCCAUUGGCGUGCGCAUCAAGGAGGAAACGGAGAUCAUCGAGGGCGAGGUGGUGGAGAUUGAAAUUGACCGGCCAGAGAGCGGCGGCGUUGCCAAGACGGGCCGCCUCACGUUGAAAACGACUGAGAUGGAGACCAUCUACGACCUGGGGCAAAAGAUGAUCGAAUCGCUUACGAAGGAGAAGGUCACGUCCGGAGACGUGAUCACCAUUGAUAAGGCGUCAGGUCGCAUCACCAAGCUGGGCCGCUCCUUCGCGCGGUCACGGGACUAUGACGCCAUGGGCGCGUCCACCAAGUUCGUGCAGUGCCCGGAGGGCGAGCUGCAGAAGCGCAAGGAGGUGGUGCACGUGGUCACGCUGCACGAGAUUGACGUCAUUAACAGCAGGACGCAGGGCUUCCUGGCGCUGUUCUCGGGCGACACGGGCGAGAUCCGCUCCGAGGUGCGCGAGCAGAUCGACGCGAAGGUGGCGGAGUGGCGCGAGGAGGGCAAGGCGGAGAUCGUGCCGGGCGUUCUUUUCAUCGACGAGGUGCACAUGCUGGACAUCGAGUGCUUCUCGUUCCUCAACAGGGCGCUGGAGAAUGAUAUGGCGCCCAUCCUGGUGACCGCCACCAACCGCGGCAUCACGCGCAUCCGCGGCACGCAGUACCGCUCGCCGCACGGUGUGCCCAUUGACCUGCUGGACCGGCUGCUCAUCAUUUCCACUGAGCCCUACAGCGAGAAGGAGAUCCGCCUCAUCCUGGACAUCAGGUGCGAGGAGGAGGACGUGGAGAUGAGCGAGGACGCCAAGGAGCUGCUGACCAAGAUCGGCUUCGAGACCAGCCUGCGCUACUCCAUCCAACUCAUUACGGCGGCGGCCAUCGUGUGCCAGCGGCGCAAGGGCACAGAGGUGGACAUCGAGGACAUCAGCAAGGUGUACAGCAUGUUCGUGGACGUGAAGCGCAGCACGCAGUUCUUGAUAGAGUACCAGGAGCAAUACAUGUUCAACGAGGUGCCAGUGGAGGCGGAGGAGAUGGAGACCUCCACGUGAGGGGGCCUUGCUGCUGGCGCGGAAGCGGGCGUGUGGGCAUGUGCAGAUCACCGGUGUAGGUUUGGGACAGACGGGAGGCAAUGGCAGCUCGUGGGUAGAGCGAAAUGAAGGCUAGGUUGUAUGGGGUUGCAGCGAUGCGGUGUGGUGUACAGGGAUGAGCAAUGGAGCCAGGCGGAGGGUCUGAAGGGCAUGCGAUCUGAGCGGUGCCGUAUCCUAUUCAGAACAUGACCAGCGGCAAGCGGGGCUCUAGGAGAGGAAUCUGGGUUGACGAGCAGUCGCGAAGGAGCGUGCGGAUCAGGGGUGGGGACCCUCUUGGUCGGUGUUGCCCCGUCAUUGGAUUGUCGUACCCGUAUCAGCGACGUGCACAGCGUGUGGGUGCACAAGUGUGUGGGCGGCUGGUUGCACAAGCGGAUGGCGCGGGCAGACCCAUGCGUGGGCUUGUGGGCAGGUUGCACUGGUGGUUGCAGGUAGCUUAAUGCAUGCCACCGGAGCGUCAAGUGCCGCCCCGUUUAAGGAUAUGGAAUGCCGUUACGGAAUUGCAAUAGGGCGUCAAGGGAGGCACGGACCAACACGUGCAGUAACGUGUUUGGUGCGUCCAGGGAGGGAGGCCCCUGCAGCCAGGCUCCAGAGUCCGAGGGUUGUCUUCCCUGCGUCCAGGUGUGUCGGGACUCAAGCCGUCGGCACACCGCCAUGGGCUGAGUGCAACCAGGGGAGCCGCCCUAAAUGCCUCCCUAAAUGCAACCGGGCCAGCUGGCUCGAAGGAAAUAUGGAGACUGGGGAGCCAGGGGGUGGGCCUGUGGGGGGCGGACCAGGCGUAUGGUGAUGUGCCUAGCCAUAUGUGAGACAGACAUAUUACAUCUUGGCUGUGUGAAGAUGAGCGCUUGGGACACAUGCUUUCCAGAUCCAGCC